AUGUCCGGUAAUGACAAAGGUCAUUUGGUUCGCAAGAGGUAUCGUUCAAAGCCUUCAAGGGAAGACUUUCAGUUCGGCAAAUCUUCCUCCAAGAAGGAAAACGUUCUUCAAAAGAACAUCUCUGUGAAACACGACGAUGACGACACAACAUCUCAGCAAGUGGUGAAUCGUCUGAAACAAACGGAGACAGAGAGACAGAUAACAGAGUUGGGCAAGCAGGAGAGUCUUCGACGUAACGACCUGUUAAAUAUCACCAAUCAGUUGCAGUCAUAUGGCUCUAAUGUUGACCAUGUGAUUGCUGAGACCCUCAAGGAUGAAAUAUCGCAAAUCAAAAUUUCUCUUCAAGAAAUCAGAGCGAGACGUAAUGCAUUAGCUGCUGCGUCUAUGCAAGGUAUGACAUAA